CUCAUUAACCAUUGGGAUUGCAGCCAAAACAUAAGACUACAGUGAAUAUAAGAGGAAUUACUGGCGAGAGAGAGCUGUAGACUAACUUCACACUGAACCCAUUACUUUUCCAAGAUCAGAGAAAAUAUUACAUUAACAGGAACUACUUCUUAUUCAGAUAAGAAUUUAAGCUUUGACAUUGUAAACCACAGACAAAUUGGAGCCUGGCAUUGAAAGGAGGUGUUCUGCAACGAUUUUUUUUUUCUUGUUUAAAGAAGUUUACUUCUACAAGAGGAAAUCUGGAAAAUGACAGGAGCAAAGAGGAAAAAGAAAAGCGUGCUUUGGAGCAAGAUGCAUACCCCUCAUUGUGAAGACAUUAAGCAGUGGUGUAGAAGGCGGCUACCUAUUUUGGAAUGGGCACCACAUUACAAUCUGAAAGAAAACUUGCUUCCGGACACUGUGUCUGGGAUAAUGUUGGCAGUUCAACAGGUGACCCAAGGGUUGGCCUUUGCUAUGCUCUCAUCUGUGCACCCAGUGUUUGGUUUAUAUGGGUCUCUGUUUCCUGCCAUCAUUUACGCCAUAUUUGGAAGGGGACGUCAUGUUGCCACAGGCACCUUUGCCUUGACAUCCUUAAUAUCGGCCAACGCCGUGGAACGGCUUGUCCCUCAGAGCGCCCAGAACCUCUCCACGGAGGGUAACGCAAGCGUGCUGGGCUUAUCUGACUUCGAGAUGCAAAGGAUCGGUGUUGCUGCAGCAGUCUCCUUCUUGGCAGGUGUGAUUCAGGUGGCCAUGUUUGUGCUGCAGCUGGGCAGUGUCACAUUCCUGCUUACAGAGCCUGUGAUCAGCGCGAUGACAACUGGGGCUGCCACCCAUGUCGUGACUUCACAAGUCAAGUAUCUCUUGGGAAUGAAAAUGCCAUAUAUAUCUGGGCCACUUGGAUUCUUUUAUAUUUAUGCUUAUGUCUUUGAAAACAUCAAGUCUGUCCGACUGGAAGCAUUGCUCUUAUCCUUGCUGAGCAUCGUGGUCCUUGUUCUUGUUAAAGAGCUGAAUGAACAGUUUAAAAGGAAAAUUAAAGUUGUUCUUCCUGUUGAUUUAGUUUUGAUUAUUGCUGCAUCAUUUGCUUGUUAUUGUACCAACAUGGAAAACACCUAUGGAUUAGAAGUAGUUGGUCAUAUUCCAAAAGGAAUUCCUCCACCUAGAGCGCCCCGGAUGGACAUCCUCUCUGCGGUGAUCACUGAGGCGUUUGGAGUGGCACUUGUAGGCUAUGCGGCCUCACUGGCUCUUGCUCAAGGAUCUGCUAAAAAAUUCAAAUAUUCAGUUGAUGACAACCAGGAAUUUUUGGCCCAUGGCCUCAGCAAUGUGAUUUCUUCGUUUUUCUUCUGCAUACCAAGUGCUGCUGCCAUGGGAAGGACUGCCGGCCUAUAUAGCACCGGAGCAAAGACACAGGUGGCUUGUCUAAUAUCUUGCAUUUUCGUCCUUAUAGUCAUCUAUGCAAUAGGACCCUUGCUUUACUGGCUGCCCAUGUGUGUUCUUGCAAGCAUUAUUGUUGUGGGACUGAAGGGAAUGCUAAUACAGUUCCGAGAUUUAAAAAAAUAUUGGAAUGUGGACAAAAUUGAUUGGGGCAUAUGGGUCAGUACAUACAUAUUUACAAUAUGCUUUGCUGCCAACGUGGGACUGCUGUUUGGCGUUGUCUGUACCAUAGCUAUAGUGAUAGGACGCUUCCCCAGAGCAAAGACUCUACGUAUAAAAAACAUGAAAGAAAUGGAAUUUAAAGUGAAGACAGAAACAGACAGUGAAACACUGCAGCAGGUGAAAAUUAUCUCAAUUAACAACCCACUCGUUUUCCUUAAUGCAAAGAAAUUUCAUAUGGAUUUAAUGAACAUAAUCCAAAAGGAAAAUGCCAGCAACCAGCUACUUGAUGACAUCAGCAAGUGUGAACAAAACACGCUGCUCAAUUCUCUAUCCAAUGGCAACUGCAAUGAAGAAGCUUCCCAGUCCUGCCCUAAUGAUAAGUGUUCUUUAGUCCUGGAUUGCAGCGGAUUGACCUUUUUUGACUAUUCCGGAGUCUCCAUGCUUGUUGAGGUUUACAUGGACUGUAAGGACAGGAGUGUGGAUGUAUUGUUAGCCCAUUGCACAGCUUCCUUGAUGAAAGCAAUGCAGUAUUAUGGAAACCUAGACUCAGAGAAACCAAUUUUUUUUGAAUCCGUAUCUGCUGCAAUAAGUAACAUCCAUUCAAAUAAGAACAUUUGGUGCCUCCCAGAGUCAUCCCUAUUAUAUUCAAUCAGAACAAAUUUGAGCAAACUCAGUGACCACAGUGAAGUCUGAGACCCUUGUCUUCAAGUACAGCUCUUGUCUUAAGCAACUGCCCCAAAGAGGCCAUAUGCUGGCAUUUUGCACAACCUUUUUGUUAUUUAGAUCCUACAAAUGACCUCUACUACAAUAAGUAUGAUAUGACUUAGUAACUGCAUAGCUGCUGGUCAAGAAUUGCCAAUAAUUUUUUCCAAUCUUUAUUAAUAAGCAAAUUCACUUGCUUAUUUUAUAUAAAAAUUGGUAUGUAUUUAGUUUUAGUGUACUGAAGGGUAAACAUGAUUUUAUUUCCUUUUACCACAGUAUUUUGUUUUAUUUCUAUUUUGCUGUAAAUUGAUGUGUAAAAUUGAGAAAUACUUUUGUCAUAAGAGAAUUGGAACAUUUAUAAGCCAUUUGUAAAAAUUCAGGAUCAUCUGUAACUAAUACGUGAAAACAACUUAGCAAAUGUGCCAUUUUCUCAUAUCUUCUCCCACCAAAAUCCAUUUAAAUAUCAAUAAGGCUAAAUAUUACUUAAUAUAAUAAGAUGUCAAAGUCACAGAAAAUAAACAAAAACAAAUGGCAAACUAAAAAUCAUAUAUCUCCAUACCUUUCUAUACAUUUAUUCAUUCCUAGAGUAUUUAGAACUGUUUUUCAUAAUCAGAAGAAAAUUGGUAUCCCAAUAAAGCCAAAUUCUUGACAUGUUUAUUUUGCUGUGAAUAUUGGAAGUGCUUAGGUUCUAGGGACCUAAUAGCUCUAAUUUCCACAUUCCCACCCAGUAAGAGGCUCUAGUUUCUGCUUAAGUUUUGUUGGAGCCAGGAAAGUGGAAAUUGCACAUUUUAUGUCUUUUUACAACUAUGAUUUUUAAAUGAGAAAAUACUACUAGUAGAAUAGCUUUGUGCUUUCUACUACUUCAGUAGUUUUGCAUUUUCUUAUUUCAGAGAGACAGACAAUAUAAUAUACUAUGUUUUUGUGUCUAUAUCCACAUAGAUAGAUAAAUAGAUCUCCAUAGUAUUCUUUCCUUUUUCUUUUGUUAGAGGAGACCUUGGAUGUGAUUAUCUGCAAACCCACCAAAACUAACAGGAUAAUUGACAAAUAAACAUAACAGGCCAAGGUGAACUGUAUGGUAUUGUUUUCAUGCAUGUACAGAUAUUUUCAAUCAUAUACAAGUACAGAGAGUUUCACAUUUUUAUCUGACAAAUUGAUGUGCCUAAGAAGAAAUCUCAUUUUCAAAGAUAGACAUAGACAUGUAAUUAUGCUUAAGCCUUAAUGGUGUUUUAACUGCUCUAGAAAUUACCAGUGUGAGAAAAAGCCAGGUACUUUAAAGUGAGUUUGAGAAACAGUUUGAAAAUAAAAUGAAAAGACCAGUCAUUUAGGAGCUUUCAAUAGCAUCUAUAAGAAUAAAUAAUAAAUAAAUAAAUUGACUGACACACGAUAGAUUAUAAUGGUCCCUAGCAAUUGUGUGGUAAACAUUUAUACGGUCCUUUAUUUUAACAUUAAGUCCUAAGUAGCACAAUGAAAUAAAAUGAAAGGGGAAUAAUGAAUGUUUCAAAUUCUUGUCACUUAUCCAACCAUUUCAAUUUUGAUUUAGAUGUACAAAGAAUGGUUUUUGUUCCGAAGGUAGCCUCAAUCUUUUCAUCACUAAUUUGGAUUGAAUCGAGUCAGGCCAACUCCCAUCAAAUACUAUUCCAGGGAAAGGUGGACGUGAUGAUUGAAGGUAAAAUUUCCUUAGAGAAAGGAAUUUUACUCUGCUUAGUCCAAUCAAAUUAUUCCGGUGGUGACGGUGGUAAUAUUCAUCAUUUCUAAUACACUGGAAAAUAACUCAUGAAAAGUCUCAAAAAAAUAAAUAACUCAUGACUCAAGAAAAGUAAAAAAAAUAAAAUUUAUUUUUCUAUGUAUAAAUUAAUAUUUUGCUUUGCAACUUUGAACUAUAAUUGAAUUCAUGUACUACAAGCAUUUUCUAAUUUGUUAGAGAUUAUGGGCCAUGGAUGACAUUAAAAUCAUUAUAGUUAAUCAAUGAUAAUUUGUUUUAUGGUAUUGUUAAAGCUGACACAGUAUUGUCUGAGCAGUGACAUUUGAGUACAUUUCAAUGUUUAUAGAAGUUUAAUGGAUAAGACUUUAAAGCCAGUAACUUGGGUGUCAAAUAUUAAUGCUAUAUUCAAAAUAAAGGAAGACCAAACCAUGCACCUUAUAAAGCCCUUUGUCUGAAGGUUUCUUCAGCACACGAGGCCACAAUGACUGUUGACCCAGAGGAAUUCGUUGGAAUUGAGUUCUUAGAGUCUAAGAGUGGAACAUGAGUUUAAACAUACAAGAUCCUAAAACAUAAAUGUUUAUUUCAAAGCAGGCAUAGACAACACAAAACUACAAUAUGGUCCUGAUGCAAGAAUGUUUCUAGAGUUACACUGAAUUAUUUUUAUGAGAUCACCUUAUUUUUACAUAUGAUAAACUACUUCCGUAAUACUUAUUAUGGUAAAAUAAAAUUAGAAAAAAUUAAAACUGACCUAUAAGAGUGUUAAGGGCCUAUUAGAAUGGCAUAUAUAAAUUAAGCAUAAAAUAUGUAAUCAGGAAAAGACUGUUAACAUUACAUUUAUGCAAAUUAAAUGCCCUUAAAUUUCACCAUUUGUCUUUCAUUUUAAAGGUUAUUUGCCCCCGAUUAUAUGAUUCAAGUGUUAUAAGGUUUAGCCUGAACUACUUUGCAGUAAUUUAUUUGACAGAUCUCUAUUCUAUAAAUGUGUAAUGUAAUGAGGAAAGAGAUCUUUCUUUUUAAAUGAAAACAUUAAUGUGUUAAUACCCUGUAUGGAUAAUGUUUGACAUUUAGUGGUCACCAAAAUAUAUUAGUAUGUUGCUGAACAUAUUAAUACAUAUGCCUUAGAAAUGCACAUUCUGUAUUCUGUGGGAUGAUAAUCUAAUUCAAUAUAGAAUAUGCUAUUUGGCAGUGAGUUUGUUGCCAGAUUUCAAAUAGGGAGCUAAGUGGCACUUUCACAAUCCAAAGAUUUUUAGUUAAAAAUCAUGUAGUCUAAUACACUGCACUUAUUUUUUAUAUUUUUCAAUGCAUUUAAUUAUCUUUUUUUAUAAUUCUUUGUACUAACCCAGCAUGUAACAACCAAUUUACUUGGAAAUAAAUUGAAAUAUGAUAACUAUUAUGCUUAAA